AUGUCCUCCCUUUUUAAGAAGUUGAAUAUCUUUAACGGAAAAUCUGCUCCGACUCAGCCCCAACAUAAAUCAAAUAAACCUCCAAAUACAGGGUUUAGACAACAAAGGUUAAAAUCAUGGCAACCUAUUCUGACACCUCAAAGUGUAUUACCAAUUUUAAUAUUCUUUGCGUGCAUUUUUACACCUAUUGGUAUUGGUCUUGUGGCUAGUAGUAACGGCGUUCAGGAUUUUUCAAUUGACUAUAGUCAUUGCGAAAGUAAAGCUGCAGAGGAAUUUGAAAACAUUCCUCUCAAAUAUGUAAGACACCAUUUUAAAGAAAAACUUUCAUAUCAACCCCAAUGGAGAACAUUUAUAAAUGAUGACGAGACAACAACAUGCCAGCUACAAUUUGAAAUUCCAAACACCAUAAAGAAGCAUAUAUAUGUGUAUUAUAAGUUGACUAAUUUCUACCAAAACCAUAGAAGAUAUGUGGAAUCAUAUGACCAUAGACAGCUUAAAGGGAAGGUUCUAAAAUAUGAGGACCUCAGUAUACAUUGUAAGCCAUUGAGAGGUGAAGGUGAGAAAGCGAUCUAUCCAUGUGGUUUGAUAGCAAAUUCAAUGUUCAAUGAUACAUUUAACCCCAAACUUAUUGGUGCAGAUGAUAGCACAGAAGAUUUUGAAUUGACAAACAAACAUAUAUCUUGGUCAAUCGAUCGUCACCGUUACAAAAUGACCAAAUACAAUGCUUCUGAUAUUGUGCCACCACCUAACUGGACGAAGAAAUAUCCUGACGGUUAUACAGAUGAUAAUAUUCCGAAUAUUCAUGAAUGGGAAGAAUUCCAAGUCUGGAUGCGUACAGCUCCCUUCCCAAAAUUUUACAAGCUAGCUCUAAAGAAUGAAUCUGCAUAUCUACCAGAUGGGAAAUACUCAAUGGAUAUUGGUCUUAACUACCCUGUAUCGAUUUUUGGUGGAUCUAAAAGUUUUAUUAUAACGACAAAUGGUGUUACUGGUUCAAGGAACCUAUCAUUAGGAAUUACAUAUCUAAUAGUUGCAGGCUUAGCUGCAUUAUUUGCUUCCGUUUUUCUUAUUAAAAUGGUAUUCCAACCAAGAACUCUUGGGGAUCAUAAUUAUUUGAAUUUCGAAGGUUCUGAAGGCACUCAACACGAUGAAGAGAAUGCAAACGAAGAGAUUCCGUUACGUGAUAUUCUAUAG